UGGAGAGGCUGCCGAGGCGCCGCAGCGGCCGAAACGAAAGCCGCAUCUCCAGUCAACCCUCCUUGCCAGAAUGGACGAAUUUCAACUCGAUUGAGCGAGUCGGUUCCUGGCAAUCUCGUCGGCGACUGAGGGGCCCAUGGCAGGUGGGAGUCGGAUGAUUGCGAACCCCAUCUCCGCAGGAACUUCAUUUUCAUUGCAAAAAAUACUUGUAAGAAAAAAAGUGAAAGGAGGCAAAUGUACGUCUCCUUUUACGUGUGCGCAACGCUUUUCCCUCGCUCGUUUGCACCCGAAGAAGCCGAAAUCAAUCGCUAGCUUGAGAGGUGCUCGUAAAAACCCGUCAGUGUGGUUUCGCACGUGGAUGACGCCUGGCGGCGAUAUGGGACCGCCCUUGCCUCGUACGAGACGUUGGCCCGGGUGAUUCCGAUCGCGCUAUCCUAUCGGCAUGACGCCUUACAACUAUUCCUCGAAAGUAGCGACCGGGAGCCGCGUUGGGGGCAUAUUCACCCUCAUUUUCAGAUGGAAGGGGAGUGUGUACAAGCUGCUCGGAGUGGACAUGAUGAUCUGGGUGCUCCUCUACUCUCUCCUCAGCUGCAUCUAUCGGUUUGUGCUUCUGCCGGAUCAGAGGAUGAUGUUCGAAAAGGUGGUGUUGUAUUGCCGAGAUUUCAGCAAUCACAUCCCUCUGACAUUCAUCCUGGGCUUUUACGUCACUACCGUCCUCAAUCGAUGGUGGGGACUCUGGAAUGCUCUCCCUUGGCCAGAUGACCUCAUCCUCUACCUGACCUCGUAUUUGAGCGGACAGGUAAAGUAUUAUUCCUUGAAGUCCCCAUUGCUGCUCGGACAGGCAAUCGAUGCACAAAAUUUCCCAAACGCAGGGCUAAUGGAAGAAGGAGAACGACUGAUGAUGCAGGCGAUGGUAGGGAAAAAUAUGCGUUCCAUGUUUUGGGUCCCUCACAUGUGGGCAGCUUCCAUACUGCAGAAAGCCCGGGAGGAACAACGCAUCGGUUCUGACAUGGGACUUCGAUCAAUUCUUGAUACCUUGUCCGCUUUUCGCCGGGCUUGCGCCGUCUGCCAGCACGUGGACUACAUCCAAGUCCCUCUCGUGUACUCCCAGGUGGUGACUAUUGCCUGUUACAGUUUCUACAGUGCUGCAUUGCUGGGAAGUCAGUUCAUCGACCCUGACACUGAAAAAGCUCUUGACAUAUAUGUACCAAUUAUUACAUUGUUUCAGUUGGUCCUCUAUGUCGGUUGGCUGAAAGUGGCCGAAUCCCUCAUCAAUCCAUACGGCGAAGAUGACGAUGAUUUCCAACUCAAUUGGCUUAUUGAUCGUCACAUUAACGUUUCACACGUGAUGGGAGAUGGACUAAACAGAGAAUUCAAGGGCUAUACUUGGGAGGAAAUGUUUCCUUGGCUCUUCAAUAAGUCAUUAGCCCCUAAACAACGGCUUUUAGCCUUCGCUCAUAAAAUGGACAAGGACAUAAGUUCCAAGGGGCAGAGCGGCGAGGACGAGGGACGGCUGCCAAACGACCCAGCUGUGCUGCAAGCCACGACCCUGAUGCAGAUAAUGCGGGGGCACCUUGAACCACCACCACCACCACCCCUAAUUCUGCAGACAAACACUAGUAUUCCCGAGUUGGACCCUGACGACAAGGACAUUCUUUUCGAAAGCAACUGGAGUCGGUUGUAACAUUUGCUCUCGACUCCUCUCACCGUGGAUGGUUCCCAGUUUCAGUGGGCCUUCUUCUCUCAAGGGGAAAACACGGCAGUUACCACGUAGAUCCUCGUUCUAUCGGUAUAUCAGUCUGUUGUCCCUUUUGUUCUUCGAUGAUACAGGAAACAAGAAACUAAACUGGAAGACAAUGAAAGUUUCCAUGAGUUCAAGUACACACGGACCAGCUUCAGGCCCGGAUUAUUGUAGUUGACCUUCGAUGUAAAAAGAGAGGGGGAAGUGAGCUAAGGACAUCUUUCACCCUCAGAACACCGACAGUGACAACGUGGAAGACGAAGCUGGUGCAUCUAUAGGACACGAAAUAUUGCAGCAUUGAGAGGAAGGCACGUGGACGUGAACUGAAUUUUCCAACCUCGAACGAUAUGACCCACCCAUAUCCCAUGUCGGGAGGAGUUCUUCCCAUCUCCCUCCUCUUCUAGUCACGAGUGCCCCCCCCCCCCCUCCCCCUUGCCUUUGGUCCUCGUACUGAAACAAAACUGGUUCCAUUUUUGGCAUGCUCCUGCUUGCCUGGACACUAACACGCCGAUUCCUCUACGCUACACUGAAGCCCAAUGACUUCUAAUUUUCGAGAAAUUUUGACUUCAGAGGUUGGGCCUUAUAACGACGUAGACUGCGAAAUUACUCAAACUAUGCAUAAAGUUGCACUGUUGCACUAAUUUCACGCUUCCACCCGGACCUCCAUGUGGUUCUGAGGGUGAGAGAUGCAUUGGAAACUUCCAAUUUUACCACAAACUCGACAUAGAGUAGUGUUCCCGACUACAACUAUCGCGAUCACUCCUCCAUUCACGCACAUCUCCACACUUUUCCCUUGAAGGAAGGCCCACUUUUGACUUGUGCUCCCCCUAUUCAUCAAGUUUUUUGUCAGUUCCCGUCGAAUCCUGUUUAUCGAACAUAAAAAGGGAAACAUUUUUUCGAGA